ACUUGUCACCCCCAUUAACUUGUAAUAAAACUUCCCUUUAAUUACACAUUCUUCACUGUACCUCUUCUCUCUCUCUCGAGCUCUGCAUAAAACACCGGCCAUGUUUGCCUGCUUCACGGACCACCGUAGCUUAUGCAGAGUCCAUCUCGCACUUGGGUACCUCUAUCUCCUUCUCUCUUCACCUUCACUACACGCCCAGGUUUUGGAGUCAUGUACAGCUGCUACAAAUUGCGGGGAUGGUCUUUUCUGUGGAAAUUGUCCUGCUUUAGCCAAGAAUCAACCUGUUUGCACUAGAGGCCAAGCUAUUAUACCCACUACAAUUAUUGAUGGGUUGCCUUUUAAUAAGUACACUUGGUUAGUGACUCAUAAUGCUUUUAGUAUUGUGGAUGCACCCUCUUUACCUGGUGUUCAAAGACUCACUUUUUAUAAUCAAGAAGAUUCUGUUACUAAUCAGUUGAGGAAUGGUGUAAGAGGAUUAAUGCUGGAUAUGUAUGAUUUUGAGAAUGAUAUCUGGCUCUGUCAUUCGUUUCGAGGGCAAUGUUUCAACUUCACAGCCUUUGGGCCUGCCAUUAACACAUUGAGGGAAGUGGAGGCAUUUUUGAGCGAAAAUCCAAAUGAAAUUGUGACUAUUAUAAUUGAGGAUUACGUGCAUACUCCAAAAGGGUUGACAAUUCUGUUUUCUACUGCCGGUUUAGAUAAGUAUAUGUUUCCUGUCUCCAAGAUGCCCAAAAAGGGUGAAGAUUGGCCGACUGUGACUGAGAUGGUGCAAGCUAAUCACAGGCUUCUUGUUUUCACAUCUGUUGCUUCGAAGGAAGCUGAGGAAGGCAUCGCUUAUCAAUGGAAGUAUAUGUUGGAAAAUGAGUCUGGAGAUCCUGGGGUAAAACCAGGCUCAUGCCCGAAUAGAAAAGAGUCAAAGCCGUUAAAUUCCAAAAGUGCAUCACUUAUCCUGGAGAAUUACUUCCCAACAUAUCCAGUUGAGACCGAUGCUUGCAAAGAGCAUUCAACUCCACUUGCUCAAAUGGUCGGUACCUGUUUCAAAGCAGCAGGGAAUGUGAUGCCCAAUUUUCUGGCAGUCAACUUUUACAUGAGAAGUGAUGGUGGAGGUGUUUUUGAUGUUUUGGAUAGAAUGAACGGCCAGACAUUGUGUGGAUGUAGUACUGUGACUGCCUGCCAGGCAGGAGCGCCUUUUGGAUCUUGCAAGAAUAUUGCAGUACCAUCUACAAGUCCUGUAACAGCUGCUACAGGAAGCUUUACAGGAUCUGUUCAGUUUUCAACAUCUGAUUCAACAGUCCAUUUUCCAUAUUUUUUCGGUUUCUACUUAUUUUCUGUUUCGUUGAUGGCGUUUUUACCAUGAACGAGAGUGUAGGUGGUUAGACACGCUGUUAGUUAGAUAGGUUAGCCAUCUAGUAUUUGGAUAGAAGCUUAUAGUAUCGGUAUGUAUUCUCAGUUAGAACUGGUACCCCACACCCUGCCUUAUAGAGGAUGGUAAAAAAAAAAAAUUGCUUGAGGUAUAUAGUGUGAUCGUGAAGAAAGAACUGUAGAGAUUCUUGUACGGAUGCAAAAAGUACAGACCUGGAAUGGAAUACGAGGUAUAUAAUGGCUGAGGGAGACCUGGAUGCAUCAAGAUGUGAUUCAGGGUUUCUGUAGGCCAUGUGCAUUAAGAGUAGCCGAAUAUCAAAUGUAUGGAGCAGCAUGAAUUGGAAUACUUAUAUAGGUUCUGCUAAUACUUAUUUUUCAAUAUUUAUUAUCCUUGUAUUUGAUUCACACACAUGCUCUAGUCAUUUUUUAAUGGAAUUCUCUUGAGUUGUUUUUCACAA